UCGAGGCUUCAUUCAGUUUCAUGCGAGUAAAAGAGGAACGUCUGCCUCAAGCAGCAGCUAUGGAAAGGAUCAAAUCUCUGCUUCUGCUUCUUUCAGGGGUUUCUCUGUCCUCAUGUGUUCCCCAGCAUCAGUACUUCUUAGUCAGUACGCCAAAAACCUGGUAUGAGGCGCAGAGCUACUGCAGAGAGAAAAGUUUCGACCUGGCCACCAUAGACGACAUGGGAGAGAUGGAAACAGCUCUUAAAGCUGUCCAGGACAAAUACGACGAUGCCGUGUGGAUCGGACUUCAGACAGGAAAGACCGUUAGGUGGCACUGGUCUCUGGCGGACAAAGAUUUCUACAAGGAGGGAGAGCGAGAGUAUUUCACUCAGGGCUAUAUCGGUUCCUACAACUGUGGGGCGUAUGAAGAGGGGAAAUUAUAUGCAGUUGUGUGUUACAUCAAGCGAUAUGCAAUUUGCUUUGAUGGAAAGAAACAUGGUCGUGAACAGUAUGUUCUCACUGCACAAAAGAUGACUUGGAUUUAUGCUCGAGACUACUGCAGGACUUAUCACACGGACCUGGCCAGUGUGAGGAAUGAGGUGGAAAAGCAGAUAGUCCAGGAAGUAAGCGGUACCUUGAAGGCGUGGGUUGGCCUCUACAGAGACCCCUUGGAGUGGUCGGACCAGACUUACUCUUCGUUUAGAUAUUGGAGAGCAGGCAAACCACCAUAUACUGCCCUUAGUGGUGGAAAAUGUGCCGCUCUAUUAAAAAGUCAGUCUGGUAGAUGGGAAGAACUGCCAUGUGGUGAAGCACAUCCGUUCCUCUGUAUCUGUCCCGUUUUGAGCUUCAUUAAAGUGAGAAUCAGCUCACCAGGCUUGGAUCUAAAUGAACCUGCAGUGCAAGAUGACAUACUGAAGCAGUUAGGGCAACACGACUGUGUCACGGUGAUCAACAACUUCUUCUCCCGAGCCAGACUGGAUUACUACACCAAGCCCCAGGGUCUGGAGAGGGAGCCCAAGCUGCCACACAAACUGGCCGGACCCCUCCACAAGGUCAUCAUGAGCACCAACCUGAACCCUGUGAAGAUGGUGAUGCUGGUGAAGGAGAACCCUCUGGUGGCAGAGGUGGAGGCUCUGGAGAAAUGCCGCCGUGUGAUGGAGCUCAUCUGUGAGAAGUGCAUCAAGCAGCAGGACAUGAACGAGGUGCUGGCCAUGAAGAUGCACUACAUCAGCUGUGUACUGGGAAAGUGUGCGUCCUUCCUCAAGGACCGCGAGGACAAGCUGGACGGCCUCAUAAAGAGUCUGCUGAAGGGUCGGGACAGCGAUGGCUUCCCUGUGUACCAAGAGAAGUUUCUCCGAGAGUGUAUCCGCAAGUUCCCUUACUGUGACGCCACUCUGCUGCAGCAGCUGGUGAGGAGUAUCGCUCCUGUGGAGAUCGGUAACGACCCCACAGCUCUGUCAGUGCUGACUCAGGCCAUCACAGGUCAGGUCGGCUUCAUGGACGCAGAGUUUUGUACUUCCUGUGGAGAGAAGGGAGCCGAGAAGAGAUGCUCCGUCUGUAAAAUGGUGAUCUACUGUGACCAGGCCUGCCAAAAGAUGCACUGGUUCACCCACAAGAAAGUUUGCAAGAAGCUCCAAGAGCAGAGAGAGAAGCAUGAGGCAGAGUCAGCCAAACUGAGGAUGCAGCAGAGCAAAGAGGAGAGUGAAGCCGUGCAGCAGGCCACAGACUCCAUGCAGGAGCUCUCAGUGGAGACCAACAGUGAGGCCGCUCCCUCAGAAACCUCAAACGCCACUAACGUCCCAGCUGCUGACAACUGAGGGACACUUAACAGUCAGCCGCCAGAAUACAUCCACGCACCACAGACAAGCUGGCAGUGAGACUGAACGCCAGAUGAGGAACUGGUCCAGCAGGAGAGAAGACCCCAUAUUUAUUACCGACCUGAGACUGUCACAAAGGCGUGGAGACACUAACACGUACGAUGAAGCUUUGUGCCACAGCAGUCAUCUUUUUUUUCUCAUUUUUAUAUGUUAAUUUUUCAGAUGAUACUGUCGUAUGUGAAUGUAAACAGUUGCGUAGGCCUUUGUGUUUGUGGUAGAGGUCAGUGGGAGGGGGACACGUGAAGAGCUAAUGGUUCACAUCACUGAUGGAACGUUAAUUCUGCCUUAAGAAACUGUAGCAACCUGUGUGGGGGAGGUGUGACUGUGUAGCCAAUCAGAGCUGUUGUUUGUUUGCAAUAUACUUGAUUUUGUUAUUGGAGUGUGUGUUGUUGUUUUUUUUGUACCAAUAACUUCAUGGCAGGUUGUGAGUGGAUGGCACGGCUGCGCAAUUUUGACCAAAAAUGUAUAUUUUUAAAUAUAAACAUGAACAUGAAUUUAUUUUUAGUGUAUUGUGAAAGAUGACGUUGAUGCUCAGGGUGGUCCAGACGCUAACUAAAUGAAAGAUUUGUUUUACCCAAAAUGCAGGAAUUGUACACAGCACAAGAACACCAUGACCAGGACACUUUGCUCUGAGAAGUUUCAUUUGUAUGAUUUAUGAUAUUUGAUUUAUUGUGCAGCCUGAAUGGACCAAGACGUUUGAGCUCAAUAAUUUGUCUAUCAAGGCUGUGUUUGUCCAGAGCUCUGAUAAUCUCCAAUGUGUCAAACGACUUGAGCUUCAUCACAUGAAAUAAAAACCAGUGUCAUCAAA